CCCGUCUUUUUUCCAUCUUCAGAAUAAACCACCCCCCAUAAUCCCCUUGGAUCCCAAUCCUCCCAUCUUCUGGCUCUGCUUCAUCAUUCUCCUCAUCCCCCUCUUCCUCACCUGUGCAUCUUCUCAUCCUUCGUGGCCCUUGUUCCCUCCGAGUUGCAUUUGACCGACGAAGCGAUUCCUUCCUUCUAUCUCCUCAUCUUGUAUCUACCUACUUAGUAAUACCUUCCGUCCUUUUUAAAGCCGAUCUCAAAAAGCUCUGUUAACGGAGUACUCAGCCAUCAUGCCCUCAUCUGCUCCUCUUGCCGGCACCGCCAAUGGCAGUCUCAACGCCAAUGACAACAUCACUCGCUUCGAACCCCCCAGCCGAGUGCUCUCUCCUCUCACUCACACUCUCUUCCACAACAAGACGAGAUGCUUCGUAUACGGUAUGCAGCCCAGAGCCGUGCAAGGCAUGCUCGACUUCGACUUCAUUUGCAAGCGUAGCACACCUUCGGUUGCUGGUAUCAUCUACACUUUUGGUGGCCAGUUCGUUAGCAAGAUGUACUGGGGUACCAGCGAGACUCUCCUUCCUGUCUACCAGGAUGCGGCCAAGGCCAUGGCCAAGCACCCUGACGUUGACACCGUUGUGAACUUCGCCUCCUCCCGUUCCGUCUACAGCUCCACCAUGGAGUUGAUGAACUACCCCCAAAUCAAGUCCAUCGCCAUCAUCGCCGAGGGUGUCCCCGAGAGACGUGCUCGUGAGAUCAUGGUUACUGCUAAGGAGAAGGGUAUCACCAUUAUUGGUCCUGCUACCGUUGGUGGUAUCAAGCCUGGUGCUUUCAAGAUCGGUAACACCGGUGGUAUGAUGGACAACAUUGUUGCUUCCAAGCUCUACCGCAAGGGUUCCGUCGGCUACGUUUCCAAGUCCGGUGGUAUGUCCAACGAAUUGAACAACAUCAUCUCUCAGACCACCGAUGGUGUCCACGAGGGUAUCGCCAUUGGUGGUGACCGCUACCCCGGUACCACUUUUAUCGACCACCUCCUGCGUUACCAGGCCGAUCCUGAUUGCAAGAUCCUCCUCUUGCUCGGUGAGGUCGGUGGUGUUGAGGAGUACCGUGUCAUUGAAGCUGUGAAGAACGGCACCAUUACUAAGCCUCUCGUCGCCUGGGCCAUCGGUACCUGCGCCAGCAUGUUCAAGACUGAGGUUCAGUUCGGUCACGCUGGUGCCUCGGCUAACUCCCAGCUUGAGACCGCUGUGUACAAGAACAAGGCCAUGAGGGAGGCCGGUAUCCACGUUCCCGACACAUUUGAGGAGCUUCCUCAGCUCCUCAAACAGGUGUACGAGGAUCAGGUCAAGAAGGGCAUCAUCAAGCCUCAGCCCGAACCUCAAGUCCCCAAGAUCCCCAUUGACUACUCCUGGGCCCAGGAGUUGGGUCUUAUCCGUAAGCCCGCUGCCUUCAUUUCCACUAUCACCGACGACCGUGGCCAGGAGCUCCUGUACGCCGGUAUGCCCAUCUCCGACGUUUUCAGAGAGGACAUUGGUAUUGGUGGUGUCAUGUCCCUUCUGUGGUUCCGUCGCCGUUUGCCUCGCUAUGCCAGCAAGUUCUUGGAGAUGGUUCUCAUGCUCACUGCUGACCACGGUCCGGCCGUGUCUGGUGCUAUGAACACCAUUAUCACUACCCGUGCCGGCAAGGAUCUGAUCAGCGCCCUGGUCUCUGGUCUCCUGACCAUCGGAUCUCGCUUCGGUGGUGCUCUUGACGGUGCUGCUGAGGAGUUUGCCAAGGCCUUCGACAAGGGCAUGAGCCCCCGUGACUUUGUUGACACAAUGAGAAAGGAAAACAAGCUGAUCCCUGGUAUUGGCCACAGAGUCAAGUCCCGGAACAACCCUGAUCUGCGUGUCGAGUUGGUCAAGGAGUUCGCCAAGAAGCACUUCCCUAGCACCAAGCUCCUCGACUACGCCAUCGCUGUCGAGACCGUCACCACCUCCAAGAAGGACAACCUCAUUCUGAACGUCGAUGGUUGCGUUGCUGUCUGCUUCGUUGACCUGAUGCGCAACUGUGGUGCUUUCUCGCCCGAGGAAGUUGAGGACUACAUGAAGAUGGGAGUUCUCAACGGUCUCUUUGUCCUUGGCCGCAGCAUUGGUCUCAUUGCUCACUACCUCGACCAGAAGAGACUGCGCACCGGUCUGUACAGACACCCUUGGGAUGACAUCACCUACCUGCUCCCCACCCUGCAGAAGGGUGGUGCCGAGGGUCGUGUCGAGGUUAACAUUUAAGCGUUCUAUUAUACCUUUUAAUAUUUCCUCCUUUUCCUUUUUCUCUUGUCAUUACCGAACAGACCCGUGGCAGCCCACUGGAUGAUUCUGCGGAAUUUGCGGUUUGACUCAUAAAAUCCGUCAUGCUGACGUUGGAGUUAUGAUGGCCUGUAUUUUGCAUUUGGUUCUGAUUCUUCCCGAGUUUCACUAUUUUUCGACAUUACAAUGUGUAUUGCGCAUAUGUGGCAUGACUAGCUGAUAGGCUAAUGAAUUCAACGCAAUAAUUGAGACAGAA